AUGAUGACUACUGCGAACCCAACGAGCGACCAUGACGCCCAUGCGGCGGUGGAGAACUUGUCGUCGGUUUCGUUGGCCGCGACGUGGGAAGGCAAGGACGAGCUCAAGGCCAUAGAGGAAGGCGCAGCAGCGCCGGCGGUUCCGACGGACUUCGUGGAGGGAGGUUUACGCGGCUAUUUGAACGUAUUCGGGGCAUGGCUCACUCUCAUCAUCACUUUGUGAGUACGGCGAGCCUGGGCCCCGGUCCCUCCGCGACCCGCGUCCAGACGGGGCCGUGGCUGACUCGUCACGGGUUAUAGCGGUUAUAAUGCCGGCUUUGGCGCUCUGCAAGACUACUACAAGGCGAACCAAUAUUCAAACAAGUCUUCCUCAGAUAUCGCAUGGAUGUGAGUGGUUCAUUACGGACGUCGAUCGCUUCCGUGAAUUGACGCCCACCUCCACUUGCGUCGUCACGAACUCACAGCGGCUCGAUACAGCUUUGGUGCCUUUUCACCAUGAGCCUUGUCAGCGGGAUAUUAUACGACAAGGUGAAUUUGAUCAAACGCAAGGCGGUGAUGCACAUGUGA